AAUUGAGCCACUCUCUUUUUGACUGUGAUACUCAGCUUCCCUGGUGACGCGAGGUGGUCACUCAUGUUGUCCUCUUAGGUCUUCGGGUCCAGUCAGAGUUAUACUCCCACCGCGUGUGUUUGUGAAUUUGUGUGUCCACUUGUGAGUCCACUUUGGUCCUCAGAAGCAACUAUACACCACCUUACCUCAUUUUACCAGAAUGCGUCUCACUACAGAGGAGAAAAUAGAGCUUGGACUAAAGGGGCAGGGGACAGUCAAUCCUGCAUUCGGGGACAAAGACAGUGAUGAACAGCCACAGCUGACAGUGGACAUUGGGGAGCCACACACAGAGCCCCUGGAGGAGACUGUGGACAGAGGUGUAGAUCUGGUUUAUUCCCUCAAUGACAGGCCACCGUGGUACCUCUGCAUUCUGCUUGGCUUCCAGCAUUACAUCCUCGCGUUCGGUGGCAUCAUCGCAGUCCCGCUGAUCCUGGCCGAGCCCCUCUGCAUAAAGGACAACAACGUUGCCAAAAGCCAGCUCAUCUCCACCAUAUUCUUUGUGUCUGGAUUAUGUACGCUGCUGCAGACAGCUGUCGGUACCAGGUUACCAAUCCUCCAGGGUGGGACCUUCAGUUUUAUCACUCCAACCCUGGCCAUUCUUGCUCUACCCAAGUGGCAGUGUCCAGCCCCAAAAGAAUCUGUGAUGCUGUCUGUUCAGCUUCAGAAUGGCACCAGUCCCCUGCAAAUGGAAAGUUCUGAUGAGAUAUGGAUGUCAAGAAUGCGUGAGAUCCAGGGGGCCAUCCUGGUGUCCUCUCUACUGCAGAUCGUCCUAGGAUUUUCUGGACUGGUGGGCCUUGUGCUGAAAUGCAUUGGCCCGCUGGCUAUCGCUCCCACCAUCAACCUGAUCGGCCUGUCACUGUUCAUUGAAGCUGGGAAGAAGUCUGGAGGUCACUGGGGAAUAGCUGCUCUCACGGUCUGUCUGAUCCUCCUGUUCUCUCAGUAUCUCAGCAAAGUCGAUGUUCCAAUGAUUGCUUACAAGGAUAAGAAGUGGAAGGUUUUCCAGUAUCCGCUCUUCAAGCUCUUCUCUGCUUUGUUCGGGAUGUGCGGUGCCUGGCUGGUCUGUUUCUUACUGACCAUCUUUGACGUCUUUCCUUCAAAAUCCGAUGAGUACGGCUUCUCAGCAAGGACUGACAUCAACCUGAAUGCUGUGACAAACUCCCCUUGGUUCCGUGUGCCUUACCCAGUAUGUGGACCUUAACUCGUCCCGUAACCUCCUCAUCCUCGGCUUCUCUACCUUCAGCGGUCUUGUUUUACCUACCUGGUUUCACUCCAAUCCUGGCAUCAUUGACACAGGAAUAACAGAGUUGGACCAAGUGAUUGUAGUGCUCUUCACCACACACAUGUUCAUCGGAGGAUUCUUUGGGUUUAUCCUGGACAACACAAUUCCAGGCACCGACAAAGAGCGCGGCAUCAAGAACUGGCAAGACAAAGCACAAGAGCAAAGCAAAAACAUGUGUGACCAGUCGUGCUAUGAUAUUCCUUUCUGCAAUGGUAUUUUGAAGAGGUAUAGAUGUUUCAAGUACUUGCCCUUCCUCCCUACUUACAAGACCACCCAACAGGGGACAUCCAUGUAAUGUAAUAAAGUGUUAACUUACAGGGUAGCAUUGAUGCUGUCCAUUAGCCAUGUAAAGGUAAACUGUUAGUUGAGCAUUAAAAAAGAAAAAUGCAAAAAUUGGCUUCUAUGCUCACCUAUGCUAACCCUGUGAGCACAAAAUGGACGGGACAUUAUGUUGUCUAAUUGCUCUUAUAUUAAUUUUGUUGAUAUAAAAUCUCACUGUUACACACUUCUACAGUUUCCUCCCACAGUCCAACAACUUGUUGAUCUCUAAAAAUCUUUAAAGUGUAAAACCUUAUGUCUUAAAAACUAAAAUAACUAGUUAUUGCUAGCCUUUUUAGGUUGUAUACACUGGCAUCUUUAUGCAGCCUUGUGUGCAUCUGAAACUGCCAUGCAGACUGUAUGUACUGUGGGACCAGCCUGGCCCUCUUUACUAUGUGUAACGUACAACUCUGAGGGAACAAGAAAUAUAAUAAUGCAAAGUGAAUGAGGUCUUGUUAAAUAAAUAUUAUAUAAUCUAAACUAUAUAACCUGAUAUCUUCUUUUGAUUGAUUGAGAAUUUUUUUUGAACAUGUAAAAGCAACAAAACACUAAAAAUUAAGAUAAAAUAAAAGUAAAAUGAAGA